CCCAUUAUUCAAAUUCGGCAACGUGGGUUCGUGUCUCCGUUCCGUUUCUCUCUUUCAAGAAGAGGCUUCGUCAAAAUAGCUCGAUUCUUUUCGUCAGUUCGUCUCUGAAUAAGCCACAAUGAAGAUUUCACUGUGCCACUACAGCGGCUACAAGAUCUAUCCCGGAAAGGGAAAGACUAUGGUCAGGACCGAUGGAAGGACCUACCAAUUUUUGGACUCGAAAUGCGAGCGCGCGCAUUUGAUGAAGAGGAACCCCCGUAACACAACCUGGACUGUGCUUUACAGGCGUAAGCACAAGAAGGGCCAGAUUGAAGAACUUGCCAAGAAGAAGACCAGGAAGACCCAGAAGUUCCAGCGAGCCAUUGUUGGUGCAUCUCUGACUGAGAUCUUGGCCAAGCGUAACCAGAAACCUGAAGUCCGCAAGGCUCAGAGAGAUCAGGCCAUCAAGGCUGCCAAGGAGAAGCAAAAGGCUUCCAAGGCCCAGAAGAAGGCCGCCAUGGCACCACCUAAAGCCGCUAAAGCUCCCAAGACGAAAGCUGCGCGACCAUCCCAGAAGAUGAAGCCCCAAGUCGGUGGCAAACGUUAAAUGGUUUUCGUAACAUCUGGUGUAAUUUUUAUCUUUCAAACUGUUUGAAUUACACCCUCCAUCGACGUCAA